AGGAAUAACUUUGCAAAGAAAAUACCAAAGCUGUGGAUUUCUUGUAAAUUUUGAACGUUGAAAAUGCCAAAACCCGGAGACUCCGGGGUGCACAGUUUUGUGAAAAGAGAACUACGUCAAUGCCGGCAAUCUACCCAUUUUCAAGUUCAAGUCGGAACGUGUCCAAAUCCCACAUAUAUUAAUACACUUUCUACCCAUUUUCACCCGAAAUCUUGUUUCUCCGUCAACUAUAUGCACGUCCCACCACGUUGUUGCUAGCCGGAGAAUGGUCGGAGGGAAACUUUUCGUCGCCGUAGCUAUUGUUGUAGUACUGCAGCUGCUGCUUCAUUCGCCGGAAUUCGUACAGUGCCAAGUUAUCGGAGACGAAUUCGCCGGUCAGAUCAACGAUACUGCGUUCCUCCCGUUCAUUACUCAGAGAGUAUAUAGCAGUCUUACCAAUCUCACUUCCACGAUUCUUGAUAGCGAUGUUGGGGAACAAUCCUCCUUCUGCGUUAAAAAUCGGGAAGUAGAGUGGGAUAAAGCUUUUAAUUAUUCUUCUAAUUUGGACUUCUUGACUUCUUGCAUUCAGAAAACUAACGGAGAUGUUACGCAGCGCUUGUGUACAUCAGCGGAGUUAAAGUUCUACUUUGAAGGCUUCUUUCUGGGUAACAGUUAUGAGAGGCCUAACAGGAACUGUAAUCUAACGUCCACGGUUUCUGGUUGUGAGCCAGGAUGGGCGUGUGCCACUUUGUCAACUGAUGAUGUUAACAUGAGAGAUUCGCGUAAUAUACCUGCUAGAACUCUCAACUGUCAGCCUUGUUGUGAGGGUUUCUUCUGCCCGAAAGGUCUUACUUGCAUGAUACCCUGCCCAUUGGGUUCACACUGCCCAUCUGCAACUCUUGACAGAGCUAGCGGCAUAUGUAGACCAUAUUCUUACCAACUGCCUGCCGGACGGCCUAAUCAUACUUGUGGGGGAGCAAACAUAUGGGCAGAUCUUCGCACUAGUCGCGAGCUUUUCUGUUCAUCAGGGUCAUAUUGUCCAUCAAGUACACAACAAUUGCCUUGCAGCAGUGGGCAUUACUGUUCAACAGGCUCUACAUCUGAGAAACCAUGCUUCAAGUUGACCUCAUGUGAUAGCCACAGUUCAACUCAAAAUAUUCAUGCAUAUGGGGCAAUGCUUAUAGCUGCCAUAUUUACUAUUCUGAUCAUCAUCUACAACUGCUCUGACCAAAUAAUUACAACUCGGGAGAGAAGGCAUGCUAAAUCUAGGGAAGCAGCUUCAAGACGUGCAAAAGAGAAAGUGAAGGCACAUGAAAGGUGGAAAAUGGCAAGAGAAGCUGCUAAGAAGCAUGCAGCUCAAAUAUCUCGUACAUUUUCUCGUAAAAAGGCUGCUCCACAAGAUGAGGAGCUUUCAAUAUUGAGUGAAAGUAGAGCGGAUAUGAGGGAGAAUCCAGUUACUUCAAAUGUGUCCCAUUCAUCAUCCCCUGCGUUGGAAGACAGCAGAUUGGAGCUCAGAAGUCAAACAUAUGCUAGAGAUGGGAUCGAAGAGGAUCUUUAUAGUUAUGAUACCAGUAUGGAAAAUAAAGAUACACAUGAUAAAAAGAAAAUGCCGAAAGAAAAAGAAAUCCAUACUCAUAGCCAAAUCUUUAAUUAUGCUUAUGGUCAGAUUGAGAAAGAAAAGGCCAUGCAACAGAAUCAGAACCUUACUUUCUCUGGAGUAAUCUCAAUGGCGGUUAAUACUGAGGUCAGAAAAAGACCCAAAAUUGAGAUUUCUUUCCGAGAUCUGACUCUUACUUUGAAAGGAAAAGGGAAACAUCUUUUGAGGUGUGUUACUGGGAAAAUCAUGCCUGGCCGAAUAACUGCGGUCAUGGGUCCAUCUGGGGCGGGUAAGACGACAUUUCUUUCUGCAUUGGCGGGCAAAGCACAUGGAUGCAGGAUAACUGGUUCGAUUCUUGUAAAUGGGAAACCAGACUCAAUCCAUUCGUAUAAAAAGAUCAUCGGUUUUGUGCCACAAGAUGAUAUUGUCCAUGGAAAUUUGACCGUGGAGGAGAAUCUCUGGUUCAGUGCAAAGUGCAGGUUAUCAGCAAACAUGCUUAAACAAGACAGGGUUCUAGUUGUUGAGAGAGUUAUAGAGUCGUUGGGUUUGCAAGCAGUGAGAAGUUCCUUGGUUGGAACUGUAGAAAAGCGUGGAAUCUCUGGAGGCCAGAGGAAACGAGUAAAUGUUGGUGUGGAAAUGGUAAUGGAACCAUCGCUUUUGAUCUUAGACGAACCAACAUCCGGUUUGGAUAGUUCAUCUUCUCAACUACUUCUUAGAGCACUUCGAAGGGAGACUCUCGAAGGGGUGAACGUUAGCAUGGUUGUUCACCAACCAAGUUACUCCUUGUUCCAGAUGUUCGACGAUUUGAUACUUCUAGCUAAAGGUGGACUUACGGUUUAUCAUGGAUCAGUAAGGAAAGUUGAAGAAUACUUUUCAGGUCUCGGAAUCACUGUUCCAGAUCGUGUUAAUCCUCCAGAUUAUUUUAUAGAUGUUUUGGAAGGAAUGGUUAAACCAAGCACAAGUUCGGGUGUAAAUUUUGAACAGCUUCCCGUUAGAUGGAUGAUUCAUAAGGGUUAUCCUGUUCCCCCUGAUAUGCGUAGAAAUGCUGGUGGACUUGAUAUCUUCCCAGAAGGUCGACUUUCAGGUAAUGAACUAAAUGACACCGAGAGCACAGCAGAGGAUCAUUCGUUUGCUGCUGAAAUUUGGCAGGAUGUGAAGUCGGAUGUGGAACUCCGAAGAGAUAUCAUACGCCAUAAUUUCUUGCCAACAAAGGACUUGUCCAACCGCAAGACUCCAGGAAUUCUCAUGCAGUACCGAUACUUCAUUGGAAGGGUUGCUAAGCAGCGGUUACGAGAAUCCAAGCUACAGUUAGUAGACUAUCUCAUCUUGUUACUUGCUGGUGCAUGCUUGGGAUCCAUUAUUAAAUCGAGCGAAGAGACUUUUGGGGCACCUGGCUACACUUACUCCAUUAUUGCAGUAUCUUUGUUAUGCAAAGUUUCGGCUUUGAGAACAUUUUCUUUGGACAAGUUACAAUAUUGGAGGGAGCGUGCAUCCGGGAUCAGCAGCCUAGCUCAUUUUCUUGCCAAAGAUACCAUCGAUCAUUUCAAUACCGUGAUAAAACCAGCGGUUUAUCUCUCCAUGUUCUACUUCUUCAGCUACCCCAGAUCUUCCUUUGCCGAAAAUUACACCGUCUUGCUCUGCCUUGUGUACUGUGUGACUGGCAUAGGGUACAUGUUGGCCAUAUUUCUUGCUCCUGGUCCAUCACAGCUGUUCGCGGUGCUCAUUCCUGUAGUUUUGACUCUCGUGUCGACCCAGACCCAAAAUAGUGAAUUCCUGGAGCAUAUUUCGAACGUGUGCUACCCUAAGUGGGCUCUGGAAGCAUUUGUGAUUGCAAAUGCAAACAGGUAUUCGGGAGUGUGGCUGAUAACUCGCUGUGGCUCACUUCUUAGAUUCGGCUACAACGUACAUGAUUGGGGUCUAUGUAUAUUCGUCCUCAUCCUUAUUGGUGUCCUUAGCCGCAUUUCUGCAUUCUUUGGCAUGCUCAUCGUCCAUAAGAGGUGAGUCCAAAACUAUCCAUGCUACAAAAACCACAGCAUGGAGUACCGUUGAGUGAGGUGUACUGAGUUCGUUUGAUUUAGAGGUAUUUACAAAUUUACAGAGGCACGUUAUGUUGUAUCAUCAAAGCAUAGUGAUAUUAGUAUACGGUUAGCAAUGGUAGAAGUAAAUUUUGUUUUAGUAUUUCAUUCAUUUUCUUACGUCUCUGAACGAAAUCGGAAGCCAUAUUUGGUUUCUAUGUAUGUUGUAACAUGUAGUUUGUAUGCAUUAUAAAAGAUGUGUAUAUACAAGUGAGC